AUGGCGCAAACAGGCACACUCAUCUUAUCUGAGGCCCUCUCAUCCUUGCCUCCAGUCCCAUCCUCGCAUCAACAACUCCGUACUCAAACACGCAUCACCAUUCGCGACCCCUCCUCACCAGCUCCAGUGCUAGUUAUCCUCGACGAUGACCCAACAGGAACACAAACAUGCCACGACAUCACCAUCUUAACAGUCUGGGAUGUUCAAAACCUAGUCUCAGCAUUCAAGCAAGUCGGAACAGGCAAUGGCUUCUUCAUCCUCACCAAUUCACGCGCCCUUCAUCCCCCGCAGGCACGUGAUCUCAUGAUCGAGAUCUGCACCAAUCUCAAGACAGCUUCUCAGGAGACGAACCUUCCGUAUGAGAUUGUGCUGCGCGGUGAUUCUAUUUUGCGAGGACACUUUCCUCUUGAGCCUGAGGCGGUGGAGCAUGUGAAUGACGCGUUUGACGCGUGGAUUUUGUGCCCGUUCUUCCUACAGGGCGGGAGAUACACCAUUAACGAUAUUCACUACGUUCAUGAGGGUGAUAAGCUCAUCCCUGCCGCGGAAACGCCCUUUGCAAAGGACGCGACAUUUGGAUAUAAGAGUUCUAACCUUCGGGACUACGCCGUUGAGAAAUCGAAGGGCGAGAUUCCGCAUGACAAUAUUGACUCCGUCGAUCUGGAGACUAUUCGUGUCGGUGGUCCGGAAGCAGUUCUGAAGAAGAUCAUGCAGCUCCCAAAGCGAAGCGACACGCCUGUUGUGCUGGUAAUCAACGCGGCAGCAGACGAGGACAUCGAUGUUGUCGUUACUGCUCUUCUACAGGCGUCGCAGCAAGGAAAGAAGUUUCUGUACCGAACAGGAGCUGCUUUUGUCUCAGCACGUCUGGGCAUCUCAUCUAUUCCGCCUCUCUCAGCUAGCCAACUCGGGUUAUCCAAAAGCGUUGGUGGUCUCAUCAUUGCCGGUUCAUACGUGCCAAAAACCACCGCGCAACUGGACUCUCUGGUUCAGAAGUCUGGAGAUAAUUUGACCACCAUCACGCUCAACGUAAAAGCACUUCUCAAAUCCGACGAGGCAGCGAAAGAAGAUGUCGCAAAAGCAAUUGAGCUUGCGUCACAACAUAUCAAGAAAGGACAAGACGUUCUAGUCAUGACAAGCCGGGAGCUCAUUGUCGGCAAAGACGAAGUAGAGAGUCUAGAUAUUGGCUCAAAAAUUGCACUGGCUUUGGUGUCGUUCCUGCAGGGACUAGAGCAGAAGCCUCGCUACAUCAUCGCCAAGGGCGGAAUUACGUCGUCGGACAUGGCGACGAAGGGAUUGAGGAUGAGGCGGGCUCUUAUCGUUGGACAGGCUGCACCUGGAGUUCCGAUGUGGCGAUGCGAUGAGCCGGAGUCCAAGUGGCCGGGGUUGAACUAUGUUGUUUUUCCGGGGAAUGUUGGGCAUAAUGAUAAUUUGUUUGAGGUUGUGAGGCAGUGGAGGGAGUUUGAGUAG